GGACCAGCACUGUCCUCCUGGCUGAGAGAGAGAGAGAUAAAUCUCCAAAUGGGUUCAAGAACUGGGACUUCAUGUCUGUGCACACCUGGGGAGAGAACCCCACAGGCACCUGGGUGCUGAGGAUUACUGAUGUGUCUAGGAGGAUGCAGAACGAGGGCAGGAUCGUGAGCUGGAAGCUGAUUCUGCAUGGCACUGCCACCCAGCCUGAGCACAUGAGGCAGCCUCGUGUCUACACCUCCUACAACGCCGUGCAGAACGACAGGAGGGGAGUGGAGAAGGUGACAGACUCUGCAGAGGACCAUACCCCCCACGAGAGUGUCAGUGCCAACCCCAAAGCCCCAGAAGAGACCACCACCAGCAGCAGCACAAGCAGCAGUGACAGAGCAGAAGACAAAAUCCCUUCAGAGGCCAUGCUGCACUUACUGCAGAGUGCCUUCAGCAGGCAGAAGGCUCCCAAGAGGCUGCCCAAGAAGACUGCCAGCGAGAAGCCCAAGAUCCCUUACGAGCUCUUCUACCAAGCCCUGGAGAAGCUCAACAAACCCUCCCAGCUGAGAGACUCAGAGGAAAGCCUCUACAGUGACUACCUUGACCUUUUUUACAAUGCCAAACCCUACAAGCACAGGGAUGACAGACUGCUGCAAGCCUUGGUUGACAUCAUCAAGGAGGGCAACUGA